AUGUCUUUUUUAAAGAGUUUACAAGAUUUUCUUAGUGAUGAAGAUGAUGAUGAUGUGAAAGGUAGAUAAUUACCCUGAGAGAUGAGUCAAUGGACUUUACUUAUGUACUAAUCUUAAUUUAGAUUAUAGGAAGAGAAUUCCAAUUCAAAAUCGCCCUGUGCUGAUUAGACCAGAUCCAUCACAAUUAGCAUCACCAAUUCAUUUUCAAUUCAAUGAGGAUAACAAUAAUAAGGAUGUUAGCGUACCAUUAAAUGAAGCUAAUUAUAGUAAUUUCAGAAUACCAUUAUAUGAGGAUAAUAAUUUUAGACCAUUAAAUGAAGAUCAUAAUUACAAUAGUAAUUUAAAAAGACCAUUAACUGAGGCGAAUAGUAAUGUUUUUAAAAGAACUGUUAGUGCUGCUGAAUCACUAAAUCGAUUUAAGUAUAAGGAAGAUGGUAAUGCUGGUGCUGAAAAAUUAGCUUCUCCUCAACCUAUUAGUAUUAGUUCAAGAAGUAACAGUGCUUUUGAAGAUGGUGCAAUUAGUAUCAAAGGCUUGGAUUUUAUAAAUGAAGAAAAAUCGGAACCUAAAACUCCUAAAAAAAUUUCUAGUAAUAAUUCAAUUAAUGAAGAUGGUUUACCUGCUAAAGCUAAAAAGUUUAAAACAUUAGGUCCUUCAAAACAAGUUACUCCAAAUAAAUUUACAGCUUAUAAUAAACCAAAAGAAUUAACUCAACGUAUACUUGGAAAAGGCAAUGCAAUUGAAGAAAAUAAUUCACGACAAUUUACUCCACGAAUACUUGGAAAUAAUAACGGCGAAAAAUCAAAAGUUACAUCAUUUAAUAAAUCUAGAGAUAGAACAGGACGUUUAUUCGAACCAGAUAAUUCAAUUGAUGAUCUACCUGAGUUUUCUGAUGAUGAUGAGGUUUCAAAACAACCACGUAAUACAAGUACUAUUUCAAAAAGAUUUGAUCAACUACAAUUUAAAAUUCCACCUCCAAAAAUUGUUUCGAAUGAUGUUGAAGAUGUUUCAAGUAGAUCAAUUCAAAAUAAAAAUCAAAAUAUCAUACCCAGUAGUUCAUUUUCAUUUAGAACUCUAGAUACUACAUUAUUAUCAUCAAAACGAUUAACUAUUGAUGUAUUACCACCUAAUUUACGUAACAUUUUUACAUUUCAAGAAUUUAAUGAAAUGCAAUCUGAGUGUUUUCCGUCAAUAUAUAAUACUCAAGAUAAUUGUGUAAUUAGCUCACCAACAGGAUCAGGUAAAACUGUAUUAUUUGAAUUGGCAAUAUUAAAAGAAUUUAGUAAACAAAGUAUUGAAUUUAAAGUAUUAUAUUUAGCUCCUACAAAAGCAUUAUGUAAUGAAAGAUUAACUGAUUGGAACUCAAAAUUUUUAGGUUUGGGUAUUACAUGCGGGAUGUUGACUGGAGAUACUGGAUUUAAAGAAGCUGAGAAUGUUCGAAAGUCAAAUAUAAUUAUAUCUACUCCUGAAAAAUGGGAUAUGAUAUCUCGAAGAUGGAGAGAUUAUAAUAAAUUAUUUGGAUUGAUUAAAUUAUUAUUAGUUGAUGAAAUUCAUAUAUUGAAAGAGAAUAGAGGAUCGACAUUAGAAGUAGUAAUUACUAGAAUGAAGAAAAUAUGUAUUGGAUUAAGAAUAUUAGCCAUUUCUGCAACUGUUGCAAAUGCACAAGAUAUUUCCACAUGGUUAAAAUUAGAUGAUGAAUCAAUACUCCCUGCUCAAACAUUAUGUUUUGGUGAUGAAUAUCGUGCAGUCAAGUUGAAUAAAUUUGUAUAUAGAUAUAAAUUAUCUAAAGAUUUUAAUGAUUUUCAAUUUGAUCAAUUAUUAAAUACGAAAUUAAUGGAGAUUAUAAAUUUACAUUCAAAUGAUAAACCAGUAUUAAUUUUUUGUUCAACUAGAAAUAGUUGUCAAAAGACAGCAAAAUUUGUAACACCAAUUAAUUGCGGAAUUGAAUUGAACUUAAAAGAUCGUGAAUUAUAUAAUUUAGUUAAAAAGGGAGUUGCUUAUCAUCAUGCUGGUUUAUCAUAUUCCGAUAGGAAACAAAUUGAAAGUGCUUUUUUAAACGGUAAGAUUAAAUUUCUUUGUUGUACUUCAACAUUAGCUGUUGGUAUAAACUUACCUGCUUAUUUAGUAAUCAUAAAGGGGACAAGAUGUUGGAAUGAGAAUGGAUUUAAAGAAUAUGCCGAAACUGAUAUUUUACAAAUGUUGGGAAGAGCAGGUCGUCCUCAAUUUGAAGAUGAAGGGUGUGCAGUAAUAAUGACAAAUGAAAAAUUAAAAUUAAAAUAUGAAAGAUUAAUCAAGGGGACAGAGAAGAUUGAAAGUAGUUUACAUUUAAAUUUUAAUGAACAUUUAAUUGCUGAAAUGGCAGUUGGUACGUUUAUGGAUUUGAAUGAUGCUAUAAAAUGGAUAAAACAGACAUAUUUAUAUGUGAGAUUUUUACUUAAUCCAACUUAUUAUUUAAUUUCAAAUGAUAUUGUUCAAUUUUGUAAAUCUAAAAUAAGGGAACUUGAACAAGAACAACUUAUUCAUGAUUUUAAAUGUACAAAUUAUGGUAUGUCUAUGACUAUGCAUUAUAUUCAAUUUGAAACCAUGAAAUUAUUAAUUCAUAACAAUGUUAAAAAUUUAUUAAUUACUGAUUUGUUAGAUCUCAUUGCCAAAUCUUCCGAAUUUGCAGAUUUGAAAUUAAAACAUGUAGAGAAGAAAUUAUAUAAGGAAAUAAAUAAAAGUGUAAAGUAUCCCAUGAAACAAUUGAAUAAAAUAAAUUGUAUAAUUCAAUUUGAAUUAGGGGGUAUUGAAUUUCCAAAUUAUAAUGGAUCAAUGAAGUUAUAUUCAAGUUUUUUAGGUGAUAAAUUUUAUGUAUUUAAACAUUUACCUAGAAUUUUAAUGGUGAUGUUGGAUGUGUUUGUUGAGAAGAAAGAUGCUGGAUCAUUAAUUAAUACAAGUUGUUUAUUAAGAUGUGUGAAUGGGAAAUGUUGGGAAGAUAGUUCAGAUGAAUUAAGACAAAUAGAUGGAGUAGGUACAGUUAAUGCUAAAAAAUUCUUCAAACAUGGAAUAAAUUCAUUAAAUGACGGUCGAUCAUUAAACUCAUCACAAAUUGAAUACUUCCUAGACUUGAAAACGGGAGCUGGAAUGAAAAUCUACAAGAUUUUGUCAUCAUUUCCUGAAAUUACUAUUUCCAUUACACUUGAGGAUCAAAAAUUGGUAGAUAAUCAAAUCAGAUUGAAAUUCGCUAUAGAUUUAAAAGUAAAUGCUCCAGUAUCUACAUUCAAAAGUAAACCGAUAUAUGUCCAAGUAAUAAGCAGUAUUGGGAAUUCCUUAAUUGAUUUCAGAAGAAUUCCCGUUAGAAAAGUAGGUAAUGGUCAAUUAUACAGAAUUGAAUGUUUUUUAAAUAAAAUUGAGACUAUGAUUGAUGUAAAUGCAAGUACGGAACAGAUAGCAGGGAUAAAAACACACCAAAGUUUAGAAAUCAGAUUAAAUGAAUAUUUAUUAAAAAAAUUCAUACCUCAAUGGGAUACUGAUGAAGAUGAUGGAUUUGAAGAAUUAUGGAAGGAACAAGAAGAGAUUAAUAUGGUAGAAGAAGUUAUUCAGCCUGUUAUCCCGGAGGGUAGAAUUGCAUGUAAUCAUAAAUGUAAAAAUAAAAAUACUUGUGCUCAUUUAUGUUGUAAAAAUGGAUUAGUUAAAAAGAAGAGAAUUAAAGAAGUUAUUGAAGAAGGAGCUCUACAAGAAGUUCCAAAGUUGUCAGUUACUGAAUUAAGAGCAAGGAAGAGGAAAUUUGGUGAUUUGUUUAGUGAUCCUGAUGAUGAAGAUGUUAAUAAAAGUAAUGUUAUUAAUUUAAUUCCAGAACAACAAACUAAGAAAUCAUAUGUGUUUAAAAUUGGUGAUAAUGAAUGUGCUAAAAAUAAUGAAGACGGUGAUGGAAAGAAACCUCAUUUAAGUACAUUUUUUGAUUCUUCUUCUGAUAUAGAAGAUUAUAAUGUUCUAAAAUUAUUUGAAUCAUCUCAAAUAAAGGAAGAUCAAGAUGGUAAGUUGUUUGUAAGUGAUAAUGAGAAUGUACAUGAUAAACCAAAAGUCGUUGAGUUAGAUGUUGAUGAUAAUGAAAGUGUACAUGAAGAACCAAAAUUUGUUGAACAAGAUGUUGAUGAUGAUAAAGGUUUGAACGAAAUUCCAAAGAAAUAUGUAUCACAUUCUGAUGGUAAAAAAGUACCGGAAGAACCAAACAUGGUUGAUUUUGAUUGUGAUGAUUUAUUUAGUCAAUCAACACCUCAAGCACAAUCAAAUGAAAUAAAAUCAACUGUCGUUCCUGAUAUUAAACCAUCUGAUCCUGUAGAAGAGAAUGAAAGUAAUAAUGAUAUUAGUGAUACUGUUAAAGGAGCUGUUAGUAAUCAAAGCAAGGAGGAUGUAAUUGAAACUAAAGAAAAAGGAGAUGGUACUGCUGGUGCUACUAAACAAAAUGGUAAUAAUAAUUUCGUUGCAUUAUCAGAACUUCAAAUAUAUCAAAUUUUAGAAACAGAAGUUAAAUCAAACAACAGUAUUGCACAAGAAUCAGAUAUUCCAACUGAUGAUGUACCAUUUGGAGAUAUGACUACUUUAUCAACACCAAUUAUAGAACAAGAAGUUGCAAAAUUAAAUCAAAGUGAAAUACAAUUGAUUUUAGAUUUCCUAGAUAAAGAAAUGUAA